GACCCAGUCCUUACGCAAAGCACGCCGAUCACUCGCCCGAACUCACAGAACGUCACAGACCUGACAACCAAUCAGCUACGCUUCCUGUUCCAGAACGAGGCUUGGCUCUCUGGCGCUUUGCGUUUACUUCAAGCACUCUUCCCCGAGCUGUGAGGGUGGAGGAGAGCCCUGCUGAUUGCCUGAUUGGGGAAACACCUUUCCUUCUAGAGGAUCAACUACUUAACUAAUUGUUACAAAAGAUGGACAAACUAAUCACCUGCCUCUAUCGAAGACCCAGUGCAACAACAAGAUUAAUAUGUUUCCCAUGGGCUGGAGGGGGAUCAAUCUAUUUUGCACAAUGGGCCAGGCUGUUUGAUGAGUCGGUAGAAGUAUACUCUGUAAGGCUUCCUGGAAGAGAAUCACGUUCCCAAGAAGCUUUUGCUCUGACGAUGGACCAAAUAGUCAAUGAAGUAACCCACACUUUGCUGCCAAAGCUUCAUGAAAAAGCAUUUGCUUUUUUUGGCCACAGCUUUGGUGCCUUUACUAGUUUUGCUACUGCAGUGACACUUAAGGAGAAGCACAACCUGGAGCCUGUCCAUCUUUUUGUGUCUGGGGUAUCAGCCCCACAUUCAAAAUCAAGGUCUUCUGCGGUGAAAAAAUCUGAGCUGAGCGAUGAGGAGUUUUUGAGGUAUAUGUCCGAAGCAGGAGGAACACCAAAGGAAAUCUUGCAGAAUAAGGAUGCACUGCAGAUGUUUAUUCCUCCACUCAGAGCUGAUCUCAGGGUUGUUGAGAAUUUUAUCUUUAACAAGCCAGAAAACCACAUUCUCACCUGUGGACUUACCUGUUUUGAUGGCACAGAGGACAUUCCACAUGAUUUAGAUGCAUGGAAGGACAUUACAAGUGGAGAUUUUAACAUACACAAAUUAUCCGGAGGCCAUUUUUACUUAAAGGAUCCUGCAAAUGAAAAGCAGCUUGUGAAAUAUAUAACUAAGUAUUUAGAAACUGCUGAAAUGGAUUAUUUGUGAAUUCUGGUGUCAUGGAGCCACAAUCAGCAGUCACAUUAUGAAGGAAAAGAAAUACAAAAAAAUUACAGUUUUUGAAACCAUUUCCUCUUACUUCCAGGCGUACAGUAUUUACAAAUCUCUUCAUUAUCUGCGAUAUAAACAUAUUUUAGUUUCAUUUUUGAAGAAUGUAAGAUUUCAAAAAGAAGAUUUGCAUUUGCAGUUACAAUGCAGGCAAUAUACAAGAAUUGUUUUGGCAGGCUGAAGUGAACUGUGUGUUUGUUUGCCCAGUAAAUGAAUCUUGAUAAGAAGCUUGCUGCACUGGUCUGUGUAGUUCUAGCAAAUGUAGGUGUGGCAAUUGAAGCAGCAAAUAGUAAAGGUAGAGUAUGAUACAUGGAUUCAUAUGUGACCGUUAAGCUGACUCCAUGUAUCUGAAGAUCCACCCGUUGGUGAGGUGACUUUGAUUGGCCACCCUCAAGCUGGGACAAAUCGGGUUCAUCCUGGGCCAAAUGCAAUCCUCAUGUGAACGAAUUUCCUAACCUGCCCAACAGAUUGGGCAGAUAUAUGUCAAGCAUGACUAAAUGAGAGGGAAAAAAAAUAUUAAGAAGAUCAUAGGGAACAUAAUUUUUUAGGAAAAGGUUUGUUGUGGAUAUUUUUUCUGAUGUAAAAGUUACUCUUUUCCCACUUCAGUUAUCUGAUACACAAACCAUAAAGAGGAGGUGCUAUUCUGUUGCACCCCAUAAAAAUGGUUGUCUAUGGAAAAGUCAAGUAAAAAGUUACAAAGCUACAGUAUUUGAGCAGUAUUUCAGAUACAAUAAACUUCUGCAAACCUCAAA